AUGGCACUGAAAAUAGUGAGGAGAGGCAAAACCAAAGACUCCGCUAUAAAUCUACCCCCAGGGCCAUGGAAGCUACCUUUUAUAGGAAACAUACACCAGCUCGUUGGCUCUCAACCCCAUCAUGCACUACGAAGCUUGGCGAACAGAUAUGGACCUCUCAUGCAUCUAAGGCUGGGAGAAGUUUCGACCAUAAUUGUUUCGUCUGCGGAGUAUGCUAAAGAAGUGAUGAAAACCCAUGAUGUUAUGUUUGCAUCAAGGCCCCCUCUCCUUGCGUCAACGAUCAUGUCUUAUGGUUCUACAAACAUUGGCUUUGCUCCAUAUGGUGAUUACUGGAGACAACUACGAAAAAUUUGCACACUAGAGCUUCUAAGCCCAAAGCGUGUUCAAGGGUUCCGGCCUAUUAGGGAAGAAGAGGCAAUGAAUCUCAUGGAAUGGAUUGCUUUGAGAGAAGGAUCGCCUAUUAAUCUCACUGAGGAAAUUUACUCAUCCACAUAUACCGUCACUUCCCGAGCAGCCUUUGGUAAAAAAAACAAAGAUCAUGAAAAAUUCAUAUAUGCUGUAAAGGAAUCUAUAAAGGUGGCAGCAGGCUUUGAUCUUGCAGAUGUUUUUCCUUCUGUCAAACUGCUUAAUCUGAUAGGUGGAAUUAGGCCUAAACUUGAGAGGCUACAUAAAGAAACUGACAGGAUAAUGGAAAACAUCAUCAAAGAACAUAAAAAAGAUAGAGCAACAUCAGAAAGUGGUGAAGGUAAAGCAGAGGAAGACCUGGUAGAUGUUCUCCUAAAAUUUCACGAGCGUGGCAAUGGCUUUGAGUUUUCUCUAACUACUGACAACAUCAAAGCUGUAAUCUUGUCAAACAAUAAAUUUCCAUCUUUCGCUGUUUUGGGAUCCCAAAAAUCAUAUCCCGAAACACUUUUCUCAACACCAAACAACACACUUCCUUGA